UAAGGAUCGCAGGGGCGGAGCCUCGUUCAGCAAAUAAAACCCCUUGGUAAAGGGAAGCACGCUCGUGUGUGGAGGUAACACUCCCCUAUAACCUGGAGAUGGGGCAGUCUGUGCCAUAGAACGGAGAUCGGAAGAAGGAAAACAAGGACGAGACAACAAGCGAGAAAGAAGACAUCUGGGAAAAGCGGAAGCAGAAGACAGGGAAGGGUAAAGAAACCACAGCAGGUGGAAACCAGAUCUAGAGCAAACCGGUCAGAUCCAUAGUUUGAUUUUCUGGAAAAGAAGAAAGUACUUGAGGAUUGCCUUUUUUUUCCCCCUGCAGUUAAUGAAAACUACUUUUAUCCUCAUUAUAAAAGAAAAGACUAAGGGAAGGUGAAGGCUGCCUCUUUUUUAUUAAGAGAAGAGCUGAAGGGAAAUCCAGACCAUCUUUUUGAAGCGGUUGAAAUAAGCCACUGCCUGGUACACAGAACAGAACCGUCCUGGUUUCUGAAGAUACAUCCCUUUCAGGAGAGUUCCAGCCGAGUCGCUGGUACAGUUCUAUUUUUAUAUUUAAAUAUAUAUGUCUCUCUCCUCCCCUUUUUAACAACACUUUCCUUGUUUGCAAGCACGAGUGACAAGAAAGUGUCAAUACGGAGUAGGAGGAAUAUUUUCAGCUUUCUCUUUUACCUGCUUGUCUUUUUUAGUGGUCCCCAUUUCGUUUUACUUUGAAAGACAAUCUGUCUCAAUAUAUUUAUUUACACGCACACGCGUUUAGAAAGAGAUAGCUUUUGGAGGUUGAAAUCCUACUGAGAAAGAUGGAAAAAGGAGCCAGGCACCGAAACAACACUGAGAAGAAUCAGCCAGGUGGGAGAGAGUCAGAGGCCAGCCCCGAGACUGGUUCCGGAGGGGGCGGAGUAGCCCUGAAGAAAGAGAUCGGAUUGGUCAGUGCUUGUGGUAUCAUUGUAGGGAAUAUCAUUGGCUCCGGAAUCUUUGUCUCGCCGAAGGGGGUGCUGGAGAACGCCGGCUCUGUGGGCCUUGCUCUCAUCGUCUGGAUCGUGACGGGUAUCAUCACAGCUGUGGGAGCCCUCUGCUAUGCUGAGCUUGGGGUCACCAUCCCCAAAUCUGGAGGUGACUACUCCUAUGUCAAGGAUAUCUUCGGAGGAUUGGCUGGGUUCCUGAGGCUGUGGAUUGCUUUGCUGGUGAUCUACCCCACCAACCAGGCUGUCAUCGCCCUCACCUUCUCCAACUACGUGCUGCAGCCACUCUUUCCAACCUGCUUCCCCCCAGAGUCUGGCCUCCGGCUCCUGGCUGCCAUCUGCUUAUUGCUCCUCACAUGGGUCAACUGCUCCAGUGUGCGGUGGGCCACUCGGGUUCAAGACAUCUUCACAGCUGGGAAGCUCCUGGCCCUGGCCCUGAUCAUAAUCAUGGGGGUUGUGCAGAUAUGCAAAGGAGAAUACUUCUGGCUGGAGCCAAAGAAUGCAUUUGAGAAUUUCCAGGAACCUGACAUCGGCCUCAUUGCACUGGCUUUCCUUCAGGGAUCCUUUGCCUAUGGAGGCUGGAACUUUCUUAAUUACGUGACUGAGGAACUUGUUGAUCCCUACAAGAACCUUCCCAGAGCCAUCUUCAUCUCCAUCCCACUGGUCACAUUUGUAUAUGUCUUUGCCAAUGUCGCCUAUGUCACUGCAAUGUCCCCCCAGGAGCUGCUGGCAUCAAACGCCGUCGCUGUGACUUUUGGAGAGAAGCUCCUCGGGAUCAUGGCCUGGAUCAUACCCAUUUCCGUUGCUCUGUCCACAUUUGGAGGAGUCAAUGGGUCUCUCUUCACCUCCUCCCGGCUGUUCUUUGCUGGAGCCAGAGAGGGCCACCUUCCCAGCGUGCUGGCCAUGAUCCAUGUGAAGCGCUGCACCCCAAUCCCAGCCCUGCUCUUCACAUGCAUCUCGACCCUGCUGAUGCUGGUCACCAGUGACAUGUACACACUCAUCAACUACGUGGGCUUCAUCAACUACCUCUUCUACGGGGUCACAAUUGCUGGGCAGAUGGUCCUUCGCUGGAAGAAGCCUGACAUCCCCCGCCCCAUCAAGAUCAGCUUGCUGUUCCCCAUCAUCUACUUGCUGUUCUGGGCCUUCCUGCUGGUCUUCAGCCUGUGGUCAGAGCCUGUGGUAUGCGGCACUGGCCUGGCCAUCAUGCUGACAGGAGUGCCCGUCUAUUUCCUGGGGGUUUACUGGCAACACAAGCCCAAGUGUUUCAAUGACUUCAUUGAGUUGCUGACCCUGGUGAGCCAGAAGAUGUGUGUGGUCGUGUACCCCGAGGGGGAGGGGGACUCGGGGAUGGAGGAGACAAAUGAGGACACAGAGGAGCAGCGCCAGCCCAUCUACCAACCCACUCCUGCCAAGGACAAGGACUUGGUGGAGCAGCCCCAGCCUUGAGGGCCACCUUCCCCUCAGCUGGCUAUGCCCUCCUUCAUUCCCCUUCCUGCCCUACUUCCCUGCCUGGUCCCUCCGGCACACUCAAGCCCCUCUCUGCUUCUGUCAGACAGGGGCAGGACCUGGGUGCAGGUAGUGAGCAAAGGCACUGACAUGUGUACCCAGAGAACCAGCCUCUCACCCCAGGGCCUGUCGUCCCCC